GCCAAUGACAGUGACAUCACGCGGGUUCGCCUUUGGAAUAUGUUUGCCCCCAUCGGGCUACCGUAUCCUUGCUCCGACAGGACAGAGCGCCCAAUGACAAAGUGACGUCACGAAGCUUUGCCUUCGGAGUUGGUUGGGCCCGCCGGGCUUCCGUACACAGCGGUCUGCAGCCUGAGGGCCGUGUUGAGAGGUGACACCGGGGUCCCGGCGGGAGGUGCAGGCCGUAGGGCCCUCCGACACACCGGGCACCAUGAAGAAGGAUGUGAGAAUCCUGCUGGUGGGAGAACCCAGGGUUGGGAAGACCUCUCUUGUUAUGUCCCUGGUCAGCGAGGAGUUCCCAGAGGAGGUUCCUGCUCGGGCAGAGGAGAUUACAAUCCCUGGAGAUGUCACCCCUGAAAGAGUCCCAACACACAUAGUGGAUUAUUCUGAAGCAGAACAGACAGAUGACCAGCUGUACCUGGAGAUAUCGCGAGCCAAUGUUAUCUGCAUUGUAUACGCUGUAAAUAACAAGAACUCUAUCGAUAAGGUCACUAAUCACUGGAUCCCUCUUAUUAAUGAACGAACAGACAAAGACAACAGGGUUCCACUGAUUCUGGUGGGGAACAAGUCUGACCUGUUGGAUUACAGCAGCUUGGAAACCAUCCUGCCCAUAAUGAACCAAUAUUCAGAGAUAGAAACAUGUGUAGAGUGUUCAGCCAAAAACCUGAAAAACAUAUCAGAGCUUUUCUACUAUGCUCAGAAAGCUGUUCUGCACCCCACCGGACCCCUGUACUGCCCAGAAGAGAAAGAGCUGAAGCCAGCCUGUGUGAAAGCCCUGACACGCAUCUUUAAGAUAUCAGACAUGGAUAAUGACAGAAUUUUAAACGACGCUGAACUUAACUUUUUCCAGAGAAUAUGCUUUCACAUACCACUGGCACCACAAGCCCUGGAGGAUGUCAAGAAUGUAGUGCGAAAGAAUGUCCACGAUGGUGUGUCUGGCAAUGGCCUGACUUUGAAAGGUUUUCUGUUUCUCCACACGCUCUUUAUACAGCGCGGUAGGCAUGAGACCACAUGGACUGUACUACGGAGAUUUGGAUAUGACGAUGACCUGGAACUGACUCCAGAAUAUCUGUUCCCUCAGUUAAAGGUUCCCAUAGAUUGUACGACGGAGCUAAACCAUCACGCAUAUCUCUUUCUCCAGAGUAUAUUUGAUAAACACGAUCAGGACAGAGAUUGUGCUCUAUCUCCAGAGGAACUGAAGGAUCUAUUUCAAGUAUUCCCUUAUAUGCCUUGGGGUCCUGAUGUUAAUAACACAGUCUACACUAACGAAAAGGGUUGGAUCACCUACCAGGGCUUCCUGUCCCAGUGGACGUUAACAACAUACCUGGAUGUGCAGAGGUGCUUGGAGUAUUUGGGCUAUUUGGGCUACUCCAUACUAACAGAACAAGAGUCCCAGGCCAUGGCAGUCACAGUGACUAGAGAUAAGAAGAUUGACUUGCAUAAGCGGCAGACACAGCGUAAUGUGUUCAGGUGCAAUGUGAUUGGUUCCCAAGGCAGUGGAAAAAGUGGGAUUCUCCAGUCCCAUUUAGGGAGGAACCUGAUGAGACAGACGAGAAUCCGAGAGCAGCAUAAGUCCUUCUAUGCAAUUAACCCGGUAUAUGUGUAUGGCCAGGAGAAGUAUUUGCUGCUGCACCAUGUGAUGGAGUGUGAAGCUUUGUCUCCCACUGAUGCUGUGUGUGAUGUAGUCUGUUUGGUCUAUGAUGUCACUAAUCCCAAAUCAUUUGACUACUGUGCCAGGAUAUUUAAGCAACACUUCAUGGACAGCCGGACACCCUGUCUGCUUGUAGGAUCCAAAUCUGAUCUUCAUGAGGUGAAACAGGAGAGCAGCAUUUCUCCAGCAGAAUUCUGCAAAAAGCACAAGAUGCCUCCACCCCAAGCCUUUACCUGCAACACGGCAGAGAGCCCCAGCAGGGAGAUCUUUAUCAAAAUGACCACAAUGGCCAUGUAUCCUCACGCCCGGUUACGCUGCCUCUGUACCUGCAAUAGGUGCACUUUCUGCCUCUGUCAGAACCUUCUCAACUCAGACCUACUCCAGUCUGUAAAGAACAAAAUCUUCACUGCCGUUGUGAACAGGUUGAGAGCCGGGAUAGAUGUUUUGGGGGAAGCACUGCUCACAGACACAGGGAGCAGCCUGGGACACCAAGUCCAUCCUGUGGUCCACGUGGAGAGUUCAAUCUACAUGGAGUCCUCCCUUCACUCAACCAGAGCGGAACUCAGGCACAUGUCGCAGGCGGAAUUGAAAAAUUCAACCUUUUGGCUGCGGGCAAGCUUUGGUGCAACCAUCUUUGCCGUUCUAGGUUUUGCCAUGUACAAAGCUUUGCUAAAGCAGCGGUGAUCUCGGAAGAAGCCAUUGCCCCAAAGCCAACACCCCAUGUACCUCCUUUUAAUGUACGUUAUGAGUGCGUUCCAUUCUGCUUGCACAGAUCUAUUUAGAACAUUAUUAUCCAUGGAAUGUCCACUACAAAGAGGAAUUAGGAUGUGUCAGCAGUAUUAUUCAAGGUUCACGGGGGUGAGUGUGAAACUGCCCUGACAAUGGACAAGUACAGCAAGAAUUGGGGCACAGAUGUAGAGAUCCGGGGUCCCCUGAUGUCUGCGGCCAAUAAUCCAGGGCCUUUUCAGAUCAGAGAGCCCAAGCCUGAGACUUAUACAGCAGUACAUACUGUAGUAAUGACCCAGUCCUUUGUACUAGGAGAUCUGAAGCAGUAAGUACUAAUGUACUAGUCACUACUCCUCUUGCUCUCCCGUCCAGUGUAUGGGUGGGUUUUGGAGAGUACUCAUUGGAAGAUGAGAAUGUGUGCUUCAUUUCAGUAUGUGUUUGCCAUAUGCUCAGACAUCUGUGCUCUCAUGAUUACAUUAGCUGCUCUAUAGAGAGCAAGUGCAUUCACCUAGUAACCACAUAAGUGAGCAUGGCAGGUAAAUACGCUCCCAAUACUAACAAUUUGGUAUGCCCCAGCUUAAGUCCAAAGGAGGUCCCUGCAGGCCCAAACAGAGUACAUUAUCUGGGCACCUUUAAAUGCCCUUUUGUUCUCUGAUUGAAGCAGCUAGUAUGAUGCAUUAAGGAUCAAUGUUAUUGGUCACAAGUGAGGGUGCUGAGAUGUCUCCCCAAUAUCAGAGUGUGCAUGUAAGCAAUGCUUAGCUGUCUCUUGUCCUGCUUCUACACUACAUUCAUAAAGGCUGUACAUAGUGUAUAUAAAGGCCUAACUACCUUCUUAUUAAGGUGAAGCCUCCUACUAUCACCCAUGCGUACCCCUCCGAUCAUGUGUACCAUGAGCUUUGGUGUGACUCUCACACCCAUCCCGUGACAUAACCUUCAUGUGAAUGAGACUGACCGAGGGCAGGCUGUUCUAUGAAAGGUGCAUGAUGAACCAUAAAGGCAGUAAAUUCCUGUUCACCCCGUGUUUCUCAGCGGCUUCCGGGUAUUAUUAUCAUCCAAGGAUGAUAUCUAUGUAUUUUUGUGGGUUUCUAUUUAUUUUAUUUUUUCAGACUUAUUUUAUAAAUGAAAUGCAAUUUUCUGAUUGAUCCACCUUUUAUUUCUCACUAAAUUCACCGGCGUCCUAGCGACCUUAAUCUCUGAGUUCUCCUAGAGUCACAAUGGACAAAGGGACCCCUGGGGGUAGCACCUUUUUCUAAUUACAAAUUCAACCAACGGAAAGAAAGAACUCCUGUAAAACCUCUAUUUUUUUCAUCACUUGCCAACUAGUGGUUUUCAUUAAAAAACUUGUGUAUCUCUA